UGAAUAACAGAAGACAUAAAACGUUGGAAAACUUUGGCCUCACUCUGCCACCACUAGGCCUCACUCCCUUAGGUUGGGUAGAAUUAACUCUUGAGUUCGUUCUCACUGACGAGGUUGAGUGCAGACUUCCAGAAAGCCGCUCCCCUCGGCAAGUCAGUGUGUGGUUUGGGGGUGCAACCAUGUCGCCAUUUCUUCGGAUUGGCUUGUCCAACUUUGACUGUGGGUCCUGCCAGUCUUGUCAGGGCGAGGCUGUUAACCCUUACUGUGCUGUGCUCGUCAAAGAGUAUGUCGAAUCAGAGAAUGGGCAGAUGUAUAUCCAGAAAAAGCCUACCAUGUACCCACCUUGGGAUAGCACUUUUGAUGCCCACAUCAACAAGGGAAGAGUCAUGCAGAUCAUUGUGAAAGGCAAAAACGUAGACCUCAUCUCCGAAACCACUGUGGAGCUUUACUCGCUGGCUGAGAGAUGCAGGAAGAACAACGGGAAGACAGAAAUAUGGUUAGAGCUGAAACCUCAAGGCCGAAUGCUAAUGAAUGCAAGAUACUUUCUGGAAAUGAGUGACACAAAGGACAUGAGUGAAUAUGAGACGGAAGGCUUCUUUGCUUUGCAUCAGCGCCGGGGUGCCAUCAAGCAGGCAAAGGUCCACCAUGUCAAGUGCCACGAGUUCACCGCCACCUUCUUCCCACAGCCCACAUUUUGCUCUGUCUGCCACGAGUUUGUCUGGGGCCUGAACAAGCAGGGAUACCAGUGCCGACAAUGCAACGCAGCAAUUCACAAGAAGUGUAUUGAUAAAGUUAUAGCAAAGUGCACAGGAUCAGCUAUCAAUAGCCGAGAAACCAUGUUCCACAAGGAGAGAUUCAAAAUUGACAUGCCACAUAGAUUUAAAGUCUACAAUUACAAGAGCCCGACCUUCUGUGAGCACUGUGGGACCCUGCUGUGGGGUCUGGCACGGCAAGGGCUCAAGUGUGACGCAUGUGGCAUGAACGUACAUCACAGAUGCCAGACGAAGGUGGCCAACCUUUGUGGCAUAAACCAGAAGCUGAUGGCUGAAGCGCUGGCCAUGAUUGAGAGCACCCAACAGGCUCGCUGCUUAAGAGAUACUGAACAGAUCUUCAGAGAAGGUCCAGUUGAAAUUGGUCUCCCAUGCCCCAUCAAAAAUGAAGCAAGGCCGCCAUGUUUACCAACACCGGGAAAAAGAGAGCCCCAGGGAAUCUCCUGGGAGUCUCCGUUGGAUGAGGUGGAUAAAAUGUGCCAUCUUCCAGAACCUGAAGUGAACAUAGAAAAACCGUCUCUGCAGAUGAAACUGAAAAUCGAGGAUUUUAUCUUGCACAAGAUGUUGGGGAAAGGAAGUUUUGGCAAGGUCUUCCUGGCAGAAUUCAAGAAAACCAAUCAAUUUUUCGCAAUAAAGGCCUUAAAGAAAGAUGUGGUCUUGAUGGACGAUGAUGUCGAGUGCACGAUGGUAGAAAAAAGAGUUCUUUCCUUGGCCUGGGAGCAUCCGUUUCUGACGCACAUGUUUUGUACGUUCCAGACUAAGGAAAACCUCUUUUUUGUGAUGGAGUACCUCAACGGAGGGGACUUAAUGUACCACAUCCAAAGCUGCCACAAGUUCGAUCUUUCCAGAGCCACGUUUUAUGCUGCUGAAAUAAUUCUUGGUCUGCAGUUCCUUCAUUCCAAAGGAAUCGUCUACAGGGACCUGAAGCUCGAUAACAUCCUCUUAGACAAAGAUGGACACAUCAAGAUCGCGGAUUUUGGAAUGUGCAAGGAGAACAUGCUAGGAGAUGCCAAGACGAAUACCUUCUGCGGGACACCGGACUAUAUCGCCCCUGAGAUCUUGCUGGGACAGAAAUACAACCACUCUGUGGACUGGUGGUCCUUUGGGGUUCUCCUUUACGAGAUGCUGAUUGGUCAGUCACCUUUCCACGGGCAGGAUGAGGAGGAGCUCUUCCACUCUAUCCGCAUGGACAAUCCCUUUUACCCACGGUGGCUGGAGAAGGAGGCGAAGGACCUGCUGGUGAAGCUCUUUGUGCGAGAACCAGAGAAGAGGCUAGGUGUGAGGGGAGACAUCCGCCAGCACCCUUUGUUUCGGGAGAUCAACUGGGAGGAACUUGAACGGAAGGAAAUUGACCCACCGUUCCGGCCAAAAGUGAAAUCCCCAUAUGACUGCAGCAAUUUCGACAAAGAAUUCCUAAACGAGAAGCCCCGGCUGUCAUUCGCCGACAAAGCGCUGAUCAACAGCAUGGACCAGAACAUGUUCAGGAACUUUUCCUUUGUCAACCCCGGGAUGGAGCGGCUGAUAUCCUGAAUCUUGCCCCUCUAGAGACACGAAGGAAUUUGCCUUCUCCCUGGGAACUGGUUCAAGAGACACUGCCUGGGUUCCUUUUUCAACUUGGAAAAGAAAAGAAACACUCAACAGCAAAGGCUGAGGCCCAUUCUACCCCAUGUGACUUUUAUCUGUAGCAGAAACCAAGUCUAUUUCACUAAUGACAAUGCCCUGGGUCUUGACUCCUGACGUGUCUCACAGACACUCCUGAACUUAGGUCAUUACUAACCGUAGUUAUUUUACUUGAAAGAUGGGUCUCUGCCCUGAGAAAGGUUUCAAAGCUUGAUACUGCAAUAAAUGGUGGCUCUUCACCACAGCUGAUCAGUGAAAUGCUCGUUGAAUCUGGGGGCCAAUGGAAUCCAGACAUCUCAAGACCGAAAUGGCCCCAUUGCCUGGUCUAGUAGCGGAUCUCACUCAGCCGCAGACAAGUAACUACUAACCCAUUUUAUCCUGCUCCUAUCUGUGGACAUAUAAAUGGCUGGGGGGACAGCCCUGCAUAGGCUUUUAUGGGAAUUUGUUACAAUAAACAAACUUGUAACUUGAGAUCUACAAAUUCAUUCGUUCUGAUUCGCCAUGAAAUCCAUGGGCAAGAGGACAGGUGGAAAGUGAGAGGGAAGGUUUGCUAGAACACUGCGCUGGCUAUCUCGUCAAGACAGAAAUGCUAUUUAGAGCUCCACAAGUCAGUAUCGUUUCGCCCUUGCCAAUAAAACCUUUCCAUCCAUCCUCUCUCAGCAGAUCCCAGUAUCAGUGCAGUCAUUCACUGCCAUCCUCACAUGCUAACCAGAAAAGAAAUGAAGGGCAUAAUUCUCCUAAGAACCUCAAUCCCUGCUCCUGCCAUUACUGGUGAUUUCAUGACUCAUAAGCCCCUCCGGGGGCAUCAUUCAGGAUCAAUGACCCAUUGCAUGUUGUUUGCAGCAGUCAAUUGAGUUUAAUUAGAAUUCCAACCAUACAUUUUAAAACUAUUUGUGCUGUGUGUAUAUUUUGAUAAAAUGUUGUGACUUCAUGACAAAGAGGUGGAUGUGUAAAAAAUGGAAU